CCGCUUCACCGCGCCAACAUCGUCGAGAGUAAGCCCACUCUGACACUUCUGCAACUCAACUACAGGGACGCCGGCCUGUACACCUGCCUGGCCUCCAACUCUGAGGGCGACGGUCAGAGCAACGCGGUCGCUCUCCAUAUAGACUACGCCCCCGUGUGCGAGUGGGAGGGAGCCAGGGAGGUGUUGGCCUCCGUGGGAGAGAAGGUAGAGAUGGAGUGUCUCAUCAGAGCUUCUCCUGCACAAGUCUCCUAUACCUGGGAAAGUGUGACCUUCACUCCAAACAUGGAACAGAUACGGUCGCCGCUGCACCACCAGGACUCUGGGCUGACGUCUCUGGGUUGGGCAGUAGCUGACAACAGCAGCAGCGGGGCUCAAAGAGCCGAAUGUCAGCCCAGUAACGAGGUGGGGCCUGCUGACCGCCCCUGUGUCUUCACCAUCCUGCUUGUGGACGAGCCGAGUGAGCUGAUUGGCUGCCACUACCAUGACGUCACUACGGACUCAGCCGGGGUCACGUGUUCUCCCGGGGUCACGUCUGGUCAACUCAAACAAACCUAUCACAUUGAGGUGCGGGAAGGGUCGACAGUGGUGGCAGAAUACAACAACACAGAGCCCAAGUUCAACAUCACCUCCCUGGCGCCAGGCAGAGACUACAUGUUGUCAGUGUUCACCAGUCACGUCAAGGCUCGCGGCCACCCCACCACCUUGAUCAUGAAGACCCACACCCCCAAGGCCGAGCAGGUCGCCCCAGAGAGAGUCUCCGUCAACUUAAACAAUCACGGAGAGGAGCCUCCGCCCCUUACGGACGACUCUCCGGUGAAGCCUGGAGGAACCCCGGUGAGCGUGGUGGUGUCUGGGGUGGUGGUGGGCGUGGUGGUGGGCGUGGCAGUGGUGGUGGCGGGCGUGGUCACCUGUAGGGCCCGCCACGCCCAGAGGAACUCCCCGGGGAAGACCCACCAGCAUCACAACGCUUCCAGAAACUCGCUUCUGGAAUUGCCUCAAGGAGCAUUGUACCAGUCCUACACCAGGCAUCCUUCCUGUGAGCUGUUGACAACGUUCUCCCCAGGACCCGUGGUUGUGACACAGGUAACUUCCGGGCGGUCGUCCAAGCGCUCGUCUCCACUUUUCCGAAAAUCCUCCACCCGAAGCGCCCCUGGGGGCCCCUCCCCCAGGGGCAUGCGGCCCCGAAGCUCCUCGUGCCGCGGGGGUCCAGUCCACGUGUUGGAGGUGGAGGCCGACGACAUCACCACCCCGAGAGUGGAGAUCCAGUCGCCCUCCAGGCUGUCGAGGCUAAGCUUGAGGAGCGAAGCCUUCAGACUCCGAGACUCUCCCUCGCCUUUAUCGCUGCAGUGUGAGGCCUUGCAGCAGGCGGAGUCUCAAGCUGAACUGCACCUGGUGGCCCAGGGUGAGGCUCAGGGUGAAGCUCAGUCUGCAUCUCGCGUUCAUCUCCAGUCAUUCUCAGCAUCCCAUCUGCGUCCUUCAUCCCAGCAGCGCGUCUCACCUCAGCCUUAUGAUGCCGUGAUGCUGCAGCAUCUUCAUCCCCAGGUUCACACUAUCCCUCACACGGUGCCGCAGAUCACACUCACGUCACAAGCUCACACGGCGUCUCACCCUGAUCUAGCCUCCUCCCAGCCUCUCCCUGAAGACCUGCCUCAUACUCAGUUACAUCCCUCCAUCUUGACACGGAAGUACAGCACGGCGUCACUCCGUGGUGACUGCCCUGGUCGGUCUUCCCCCGUGUCCCACACCGGCACGCCCCCACACACUCCGUGCACACUACACACUACAACCCUCCCACGUAACCUGCAUCACACUCCCACUCUCCCACACAAAGUUAUACAGCCACUAGCAGCAGCAGCACCCACACCACCACACACAGCCACACUAACACACACAGCCACACACUACACAACCACACUCACACAGCCACACCACCACACACAGCCACACUACCACACACAGCCACACAUCCUCACCCCAGUACACAUCAACAUACCGUUUCACUCCCUCACACGACUACACCGCCUUACACAGGUCCAGCCCCUUACACAGGUACUCUCUCCCCUUUGGUAACAGCUCAGGUUCGACCAGCAGUGCGUUCUGUGGCCUCCCAGCCGCAACCGGUUCAUCCAAAUCCCCAUUUCUCCCAGUCCCCAGCGCAAGAACCACUGGAACCUAACCAUUCCCACACAACCCCUCACCUAGAACCACCUAUAAUACAAUGUAGUUCACCUCAAAGUGCUUCAAUAAAACUUUAUCCAACUUUUCGGUA